UUCCUUCUCUUUUCUUUUGUUUUCUUUUCGUUUUUUUGUUUCUGAGCGUCUUUGGCUUUGUCUCCGAGCUCAAGCUCACUCGUCCAUUUUAAAUCUAGCAAACAUGGGCAAACCGCGACCGAUGGACGUCGACACGGACUCGACCCCGGACCACUCUCACUCGCGCGCAUCUGGCUCCAAUGCUGCUGCUGCUGCUGCUGGUGGUGGUGGUGGUGGUGGUGGUCGGAAGCCGUUCGUUGAGAGCGACGACGUCCGCAAGAGCGCCGCCACGCUCUUCAUCCGCGGCCUCCCCUUCGCAAUGAACAACGCACAGCUCGAAGCCGCAUUCAGCGACGUUGCGCCCGUCAAGACUGCCUUCGUCGUCACUGAGAAAGGAACCAAAGACAAAUGCCGUGGAUUCGGAUUUGUGCAAUUUGCGCUCAAAGACGAUGCCCUCAAGGCAAUCGAAACCAUGAAUGGCAAGAGCUUGGGCGGCAAAAUCAUUUCAGUGGAUCUCGCAAACAAGCGCCAUCGUGGCGAUCCACGCAAGGAAGCCAGGGAAGCCGCUGCUGCUGCUGCUGGAGAAGACGCGUCCUCCGUUGCCCGCCCGGCAAAGUCUCUUGAUGCCAUUGUUGCGGCCAAACCUGUUGGUCAACGCGUUGUGUUUGACGACGAUGGCAACAAGCAACACCAAAGCGACGACGAUGAGGACGACGAGGAUGAAGACGAUGAGGAGGAUGAGAAGCCCGCUCCAAAGCCCGAGGCUAAGAAGCCGGCAAAGGCAGACAAGGCAGACAAGGCGGCCGCCAAGGACGCUGCUGCAUCCAAAAAGUCUGAAAAGACCACUCCCGCUAUGCCACAGGCCAAAGAGGCGCCCAAGUCCGCAGAAUCAUCAAAGUCAGAAAAGCCAUCACAAGAUGCUGCUUCCAAGAAGACGGCAGAAUCAAAGAGCGCAGACUCACCAGCCUCCAAACCUGACGCGCCCUCCACCAAGAAGAGAGAGACAAAGCCUCCAGCGGCCACUUCCAAGCCCUCCAAGUCUGACCAAGCUUCUUCCGUCGCACGGCCACAGUCCAAAGAAAGCCGCACGGUCGUCAUUAAAGGCCUAAGCGCAAACAUCACCCAAAAGAUAUUGUACAAGCGGAUGCGCAAAGUUGGCGAUGUUGAGGAAACCAUCUAUCCGUUCCAAGGUGAUAUUACUGUCGGCCAUGUAGUCUACACGAUGCACAAGAACGCAGAAGCUGCCGUGGCCGCGCUGAACGCCCACGAGUUCAAGGGCAACCACGUUAUUGCCGUGCUCAAAACACGCGAACGCUUCCUCGAUGGCCAGCUUUCGGCAAAAGCCCUGCGAAAGUGCCGCUUGAUUGUGCGCAACCUGCCCUUCAACGUCACGCGGCUUGACAUUGAGAAGGCCUUCCGCAAGUACGGCCCCAUCAAGGAAAUUGCUUUGCCCCUCAAGCCCGAUGGUGUCCAGCUCAAAGGUUUUGCAUUCGUUCAAUUCACCAAUUACAUUGACGCAGCAAACGCGGUUGCUGGCAUGAACAAUCAACCCAUCAACGGACGCCCAGUUGCAGUCGAUUUCGCUGUCGCCAAAGACAAGUUCGAAGAGCUCAAACAACAGCAGGCAGCCGACCAGCCCGCAGAAGCAUCCGCCAAGAUGGAUGUUGACGACGCCAGCGAUUCUGACAGCAAUGAGGACAACGAAGAAGAAGAGGAAGAGGACGAGGACGAGGACGAAGAAGAAAACGAGGAAGAAGACCUCAGCGAUGACGAGGACCUGGAGGCACCGCAGGACGACGAAGACGACGAUGGCGAGUUGGACGAGUUCGACGACGACGACAGCGAUGAUGACGACGACGAGGACGAAGAUGACGGUGAGGACGACAACAAGGCGACCGAGUCUCGGCCAAAGUUUGAAAAGCAUGACGUUGGCCAGGGUCAGACUGUUUUCAUUCGUAAUCUUGCGUAUGACACUGACGAAGAAGCGCUUCAAGAGCGAUUCAAGGAGUUUGGACCCAUCUCAUACACCAGAAUUUGCUACAAUGCCGACAAUGGACUGUCGAAGGGUGUUGGUUUUGUUCAAUUCAAGUCAAAGGAUGGCGCCGACAAGUGCCUUGCCAGCAGCUCGUCGGGAUUGCAGCUUGGCGGCGCGCGUCCGAGCAUUAUGAAUGACUCUGGUAUUGUGUUGGAUGGGCGCACGCUCUCGGUUGCUCUUGCUGUUGAGCGCAACGAGGCCAAGCAGCUGAUGGACUCAAAUACAAAGAAGCGUGAGGCGGCCUCCAAGCUGACCGACAAGCGCAAUCUGUAUUUGGCUCGCGAGGGUACCAUCGAUCCCAACUCGGAGAUUGCCUUGACUCUGUCCAAGACUGAUCUUGCAAAGCGUGCCAAGGCCGAGCAAGAAAAGCGAGCCAAGCUCAAAAACCCCAACUAUUUCGUCUCGACCACUCGUCUCUCGAUUCGCAAUCUUCCCACCACUGUGGAUGAGAAGGCGCUCAAGCAGCUCAUCCAUGAUGCUGUCAAAAAGAGCGGAGCGUUGCAGACAGCCCCUUCAGAUGGCAAGAAACCGCGCCAGGUGAAGGUUGUACAGGCCAAGAUUGUUCGCAGCAAGGAUCGCGUUGACGCCGAUGGCGUUGGUCGAUCGACUGGAUUCGGCUUCACUGAGCUUCGUGACCAUGCUCACGCAUUGGCCGCUCUCCGAUAUCUCAAUAACAAUCCUGACAUCUUUGGUCGCGAGAAACGUCCUAUCGUCGAGUUUGCCGUCGAAAACCAACUUGCUUUGCAAAAGCGAGAGCAGAUGCUUACCAAGCUCAAAUCCCGCCGAAAGGAGGAAGGCGGCAGUGCCAGCAAGGAAGAGGGCAAGGGCAAGUUUGCCGGCAGGGACCGCGCAAAAGGCAAAGAUGCGCACGGGGACAAGCCGGAGACCAAGGGCAAGUUUGCGCGCAAAGACAAGCCUGCCGACCAGCCAGCCAACAGCUCGGCCAAGUUUGACAACAAGGGCAAGGGCAAGGGCAAAUUCGACAAGACCAAAUCAGACGACGACAGGCCCAAGUUUGAAAAGGGCAAGGGCAAGUUCGAAGGCAAGCCCAAGUUUGAAGGCAAGGGCAAAGGCAAGCCUGCCACUGAGGAGGAUCCCGCAGCCGCGACAGCCACCCCUCGCGGUCAAAAGCGCCGCGGAUCGGAUGCUGGCACAGCAGCGGAAGCUGGUGCCACUUUCAAACGCGCUCGUCAAGACGCGGCUAGUGAAGAAUCGGGCGAUGCUUCUUCUCGCCCACCACGCGGACAGCAACAACAGGGAGGCCGCCGAAACGAUGCAAAGCCUCAGGCGCGGACCAAGACACAGCGUCCCCAGAAGGGCGGUAAGAAUGCUGGCAAGCCAAACAAGAAGCCGACACGAGAGGAGCAGGACGAGGCCAAGCUCGAGGGAUUGAUUGCCAAGUACCGCUCUUCGUUUACUGGAACUCCGGCGCCCGCUGCUAAAGGAGCCGCAAAGGGUGCCAAGGGCGCUAAAGGAGCCAACACCAAGGCUGCUGCGCCUGCUCAGCCGCCGCUGCCGACAAAGCUUGCUGGAUCGCGAUGGUUUAUGGAGUAAGCUGGUGGGGGAUUGUGCUUUUUUUUUCAAGUCAUGAGUGUUUGAUUGUUACAAUACAUGAUUUGUGUUUGGUAA